ACCCUCACGCCAUCGUCGGACGCUGCCUGCACUCGCGUCGGUCCCUGGAGGCCUCGCACUGGCGCUGCACGCCUCGAGAUGAACGGGCCUGACUCGCGAAACGUCUGUGUCCUCGCUCACGUCGACCACGGCAAGACUAGCCUCUCCGACGGCCUCAUCGCGAGCAAUGGCAUCAUCUCGAGCCGCCUGGCCGGCCAGCUGCGCUACAUGGACUCGCGCGACGACGAGCAGGACCGCGGCAUCACGAUGAAGGCGUCCUCCAUCGCGCUGGCGGCGAGCCCGCUGCGGGUCAAUCUGAUCGACUCGCCCGGCCACGUCGACUUCUGCUCCGAGGUCUCUUCGGCGGUGCGGCUGAGCGACGGCGCGCUGCUGGUGGUGGACGUGGUGGAGGGCGUGUGCGUGCAGACCGCCGCCGUGCUGCGGCAGGCGUGGGACGAGGGCGUCACCCCGCUCCUCGUCCUCAACAAGAUGGACCGGCUAGUCGCGGAGCUGCGCCUCUCGCCCAUCGAGGCGUGGGGGCACAUCAAGCGGAUUCUCGGCCAGCUCAACGCCAUCGCGGGCCAGUUCUACACCGCGGACCGUCUCGUCGCCGAGGGCGGCGCCGCCGCCGCUGGCGGCGGCGGCAGUGGCGGCGGCGGCGGGGAGAAGGGGGUGCGCGAGCUCCAAUUCUCGCCGACGCGCGGCAACGUGCUCUUCGCUUCGGCGGCGCACGGGUGGGCCUUCGACCUCGCCGCGUUUGCGCGGCAGUACGCUGCCAAGCUCGGCCUCAAGGAGAGCACGCUGCAGCGGACCCUCACGCUGCAGCGGACCCUGUGGGGGGAGUACUUUUACCAGCCGAAGACGAAGCGGGUGGUCUCGAGCGACCCGUCGGGCCGGCUCAAGCCAAUGUUCGCCGAGUUUGUCCUCGGGGCGGUCUGGCGCGUCUACGCGGCGGCGCUGCUCGAGCCAGACGCCACGCAGCUCGCCAAGAUGAUCGGCUCGCUCGGGCUGUCGGUGCCGCCGCAGCAGCUGAAUCACGCGGACGGCGCGGUCGCCGUGCGCGCCGUGAUGAGCGCGUGGCUGCCGCUGGCGCGCUCGCUCCUCGGCGCCGUCGCUGCGCACCUCCCCUCCUCGCGAGCCGCGCAGGCGGCGCGGCUGCCGUCGCUCUGCCCGUCGCUCGCCGCGCAGCCGCGCACCGGCCGCGUGCGCGCGGCGAUCGAGGCGUGCGACGCGUCGGAGAGUGCGCCGCUGGUGCUCUACGUCGCAAAGAUGGUGUACGCGGUGGGCGUGCCGGGCGCGCACGAGGCGGACGAGUUUGUCGGCUUCGCGCGCCUGUUCUCAGGCACUCUCCGCCCCGGCAGCGGGGGCACGGUGCGGCUGGUUGCGGCGGCGGCCGGCGGCGGCGAGGGCGGCGAGGGCGGCGGCGAGGGCGGCGGCGGCGUGGUGCUGCCGAUCGACAGCUUGCGCCUCUAUCUGCUGAUGGGGCGUGAGCUGGUCAGCGCGCCGCAAGCGUCUGCAGGCUCCAUCAUCGGGGUUGGCGGGCUGGCUGGCGCGGUGCGGAAGCGCGGCACCGUAGAUGGUGGAGGUGCAGAUCCACACCUCCCCACGUCUCCCCAGAUCUCAUCUCUGACGGCCCUCGAUGCGGGGGUGCACCUUCUGCAGAGAAGAGACACGAGGCACCCCGAGCCCGCACAUCGCCUCUCUUCCGCCGCGACCCUCCCCACCGGCGAGCUCGUCCUGCGCGCGUGCGGCGAGGUGCACCUCGAGCGCUGCCUCCACGACCUGCGCACAACCUUUGCGCCCGGGGUCGAGCUCGCCAUCUCGCCGCCCAUCGUCCCCUUCCGCGAGGGCCUGGCGCCAGAGGCGGACGGCAGCGCCACCGCCGCCACCGCCGGCCGGCACGCCCUCCCUCGCCGUCCGAGCGGCGCGGCGCACGCCUCCCUCGCCGUCCGAGCGGCGCGGCUUCCCGACUCCGCGGCGGCGGCGCUGCGCGAUGGCGCUGCGAGCCUCGGCGGCGGCCACAGCUGCCUCCCGCCGCUCGACCUCCUCCCUGCGGCGCAGGCCGCGGCGCUGCGCCACGUCUCCGACGCGCUCGAUGCCAGCGCCAUCGGCGGCGGCGUCGCGGGCUGGGCUGUACACGAAUGCAAGGUUGAAUUACCCGAGAUUACCCGAGAUUACCCGAGAUUACCCGAGAUUAGCCCCCUGUGCGACGAGCCGACGAGCGGCGCGUCGGCCCCUCCCCUCGCGCGCGAGGCGGCGGGCGGCGCCCCGUCCCCACCCGCGUCGCCGCGACUAGGCGCCGUCUUUCUCGUCGAGGAGGUCCGCUGGAGCGACGAGGCGGACGGCGGUGGCGGCGGCGGUUGGGAUGGCGGCGGCAUCACAGGCAGGGGCAUCACAGGCAGGGGCGGCGGCGGUGCCGACCCUCCCGCUGAGCCCGCCGCCGCCGAGCCCGCCGCCGAGGCUGGUGCGCUGCCCGGCCAGCUCAUUGCCGCGAUGCGCGAGGCGUGCCGCGCCGCUUUCCUGCGCUGCGGCACGCGGCUGCUCGAGCCGGUGUACCGCUGCGAGGUCCAAUGCGACCAGGAGAUCCUCGGCCGCAUGUACGCCGUGCUGCGGAAGCGGCGCGGCGAGAUCCUGGCGGAGGACUUGCGUGAGGGCACGGACCUCUUCCUCAUCUCGGCGAGCUUGCCGGUGGUCGAGUCGUUUGGCUUCGCGAACGAUUUGCGCAAGAACACAUCGGGCGCCGCGCACCCUCAGCUCGUCUUUUCGCACUACGAGGCGCUGCCACAGGACCCGCUCUUUGUGGUGGCGACCGAGGAGGAGCAGGAGGCGCUGGACGACGGAGACUUGCCCACCAUCAAUCUAGCACGCAAGCUGAUGGACGGCGUGCGCAGGCGAAAGGGGUUGCGCGUCGAGGACAAGGUGGUGGCGUCGGCGACGAAGCAAAGGACGAUGUCGCGCAAGCGAUGAGCCGCCAACCGCGCCCUGCGUUGUCGUAUUCUGUGAUCUGUGAUCUGUGAGGGUAGAGGGCCCACAGCGUCCUAAUCUAAAAUCUGAGGAUUCAGGAUUCAG